AUGUCAGCUGUGAUGUUGUUAAGCAUUGCUGUUGACAGGUUCAUUUGCAUCGGGUUUCCAACAGUGUAAGUGACAUAUUUGUCGGCAAUACGGGGGUGCUCUUUUUAUCUUUACUCAAAUUUAACUUUAUUACCUUAUAUAUUAUGUUAAAUUAUAUUAAAUUUUAAAUAUUUUUCAAUUUUUAGAUACCAAAACAUGUCCCGCGCAUAUACCAUGACCUCAGGCAUAGUAGCCGCACUUCUUUUUGCUUCUACAGUUUCAAUAGAAACGUACCUAACGAACCCAAGAGAUAUAGACAGCACUUGUGGGUUGUUCGAAGGGUUACCUCAUAAGUAUGACAAGCAGUACUUUGCCGCCAACUUGUUUAUAUGUCUAGUUACUUUGUUCCUCUACCUAGUAAUGUGGACUUACGUCAAAAAUAAAAGUCACACAAAGUCACAAAAGGUACUGAUUGCUGUUACUUCGACGACGUUGUGUAUCUGUACGGGAUGGUUGAUAUCAAUAGGAUUGGCUGUCAAGGGUAACAACAACACAGUACCUCGGUAUUCAAUGAUACUGUUUCAUGGACUGCCAAUCAAUGUGUCCAUGGCCUUGAGCUAUCCUUUACUCUAUAUCUUCAGGUAUGUUUUGUAUAUACUUCAUUUUAAACGCUUCAAAUAUAAGUUUAAAACUGUAAAAAAACUAGUAUAAUAUAAGGUUUGUGUCAUCGACUUCAAUAUGUUUUCACUUAACCUUCAUACCUUCACAAGACAUAUAAGGCGUACAAAUGCAACCCUGUCAGUACAAUACCUACCCACAAUAACAAUAUAAUGUAGUUUAGCAAAAACUGUUUAUGUAAUCGUAUUUCUUUUUUACUGAGCGUAUAAACCAAUUAAGUGGAACACACUAACUGGCAGCAUUUUAGCCGGGAUUACCGUAACGCCUUUCAAGAGCAAAUACGAAUCGUAACAUGUCAUGUGGGACACAAAUUCAAUGGUGUCUUCAAUUCAUCUGUUGACGUUUUCCGACCAUGA